UGAAUGUGGAAAUAGCAAACAUACCAAAUACUUUGGAUUUCCAGAAUCUGCUAUCUUCACAAAUACAGAAUCCAGAUAGUUUGAACUUUGAAGAUCAGUACAAAGCUGAAAUGGCGCUCUCAUUUGCGGUUGCAGCUUACUCAUCUCCAAUUAUGUGCAAACCCACCAACGUCAACAACCAUUCUCACCUCCAAGAUUUGUCCUACAUCCGACGCGCCGCUCAGAUAUCCGACAAGUCGGCGGGCUAUACUUCCCCGCACCCCAAUUUCGGAUGUGUUAUCGCCACACAAUCAGGAGACGUGGCCGGGGAAGGCUACCUGUAUGCCCAAGGUACAAAACCGGCGGAGGUACUCGCUGUUGAGGCCGCCGGCGAACGGUCUAGAGGCGCUACGGCUUAUGUUAACAUGGAGCCCGGAGAUUGCCAUGGGGACCACACCGCUGUUUCUGCUCUGGUUCAGGCAGGGAUCACUAGGGCUGUUAUUGGAAUGAGACAUCCUCUUCAGCAUCUUAGAGGAAAUGCCAUACGUGCAUUAAGGAGUCAAGGUUUGCAGGUUGAUGUUCUAGGAGAGGAUAUGCAAAGUAAACUUGUGGAGGAAGCUCGAAAGGCAUGUCUCCUUGUCAACUUACCUUUGAUCUAUAGAGCUGCUUCUCGUGUUCCAUUUUCCGUUCUUAAGUAUGCAAUGACCCUUGAUGGAAAAAUAGCUGCAAGUAGCGGACAUGCAACGUGGAUAAGUAGCAAGUUGUCUAGGAAUCGAGUUUUUGAAUUGCGGGGUAGAAGUGAUGCUGUUAUAGUUGGAGGGAAUACUGUGCGUAGGGACAACCCAAGGCUGACUGCAAGACAUGGAGGUGGGCAUAUGCCAAUUCGAAUUGUACUGUCUCAAACGCUUGAUCUUCCUGAGGAGGCAAAUCUUUGGGACCUAUCUGAUGUAUCUACUGUAGUUGUAACACAAAGGGGAGCCAGGAGGAGUUUCCAGAAAUUUCUUGCAUCUAAAGGAGUUGAGGUAGUGGAGUUUGACAUCUUAAAUCCCAGGGAUGUAAUGGAAUAUUUUCACGACCGAGGGUACCUUUCCAUUUUAUGGGAGUGUGGAGGAACUUUGGCUGCAUCUGCUAUUUCAUCGGGUGUAUUGCACAAGGUUUUUGCAUUUGUUGCCCCUAAAAUUAUUGGUGGGAAGAAUGCUCCUUCUCCUGUGGGUGAACUUGGAAUGGUUGAGAUGUCUCAAGCACUGGAUUUGAUUGAUGUUUUCUUUGAGCAGAUUGGACCUGAUAUGCUCAUCAGUGGAUUUCUUCAGCCUAUACCAGAUUUAACACCUACUAUUCCUUCAGAAGAUGAAACCUUUGCUAUUGACCCAACUGUUACUCGUUUUGAGUCGAGCAUCGUAUUCUUCUAUAAAACAUGGGAUCCUUAUGGUGCUUUCUCAAACUUUUCUCCUCAUCCUAUUCAAAUGCCUGAUGAAGAUGGCGAUUAUGCCACUUGGUUGAGCGUAGAACAUUAUUACCAGGCAAACAAGUUUAUUGGAGUCAGCAAUCCUCUAGAACAGGAUUGCAUAGAAAAGAUAAAAUCAGAAAGUCCAGAAGAAGCUGCUCGAAUGGGAAGGUUAAUGCAGAGGCAGCAGCCUCAUCUGGUAAGAUCUGAUUGGGAAAGUGUGAAGAUUGAUGUUAUGUACAGAGCACUGAAAUGCAAGUUCUCGAUAUAUCCUCACUUGAAUUCCAUGUUACUAUCAACCGCCGGGUCGGUUCUAGUUGAAGCAUCGCCUCAUGAUCUUUUCUGGGGCGGUGGUCGGGAAGGUGAAGGCCUGAAUUAUCUAGGCAGGUUGUUGAUGCAGUUAAGGUCAGAAUUUCUUGGGGAGUCAUCUGCGGCAAGUGAAAACACCUGCAUAGCUUUAUGAUGCACAUAAAAAAGAAAUUAAAUUGAUCCAGAAUAAUUUGUGCCAGUAUAUUAUGGAACCAUGUUUGAUUUCUAUGUUGUAACAUUUUAUAUACACCAUGUCAUGUCAUCUGAAGCAUAAUGGGA